ACACCUCCAAGUCAUCCAUACCACUUACACAUGUUGCACCUCGCAUAUCAUUGUGACUUACUCCUAAGAUAUAUACAUAUGCACUGGUAAUAUAAGGUGAUCCAUAUCAAUAAACAAAAAAAAAUGUCAGAUAUGCAGGACACGAUGUUGCUUGGCUUGGAGGGAAUCAAGAAAACCAUCCUUCACGGAGGGACUGGAGACAUCCCAAAAUUCAUCACUGGGACAAAGGUGACGUUCCACUUCCGCACCCAGUUGUGCGACGACGAACGCACAGUGAUAGAUGACAGCAAAGUGGUGGGGACGCCCAUGGAGGUAGUGGUCGGCAACAUGUUUAAACUGGACAUCUGGGAGACCCUGUUGUCUUCCUUGAGGAUCGGAGAGGUGGCUGAAUUCUGGUGUGACACCAUUCACACUGGCGUUUAUCCACUUGUGUCCAAGAGUAUGAGGCGCAUUGCCGAGGGCAAAGACCCAGUCGACUGGCACCUCCACACAUGUGGUAUGGCCAACAUGUUUGCCUACCACAGCCUCGGCUAUGACGACUUGGAUGAGCUGUUGAAGGAACCAAAACCCCUCUACUUUGUCCUGGAGCUGAUCAAGGUGCAACAGCCCAGUGAGUACAACAGGGAAACGUGGGCUUUGAAUGAUGAGGAGAGGCUGAAGGUGGUCCCUGUGCUGCACGGCCAGGGGAACAAGCUCUACAAACAAGGACAAUUCGAAGAGGCCACACAGAAGUACAAGGAGGCCAUCAUCUGCGUCAAGAAUGUUCAGACGAAGGAGAAAGCAUGGGAAGUCCCGUGGCUGAAGCUGGAGAAGAUGGCCAAUACCUUAACGCUCAACUACUGCCAGUGUCUACUGCGCAUGGAAGAAUACUACGAGGUCAUCGAGCACACCAGCGAUAUCGUCAACCAGCACCCAGGUAACUUUAAGGCCUUCUUCCUGCGAGGGAAGGCCCAUGCCGAAGUGUGGAACGAGGCGGAGGCUCGGCAGGACUUCAGCAGGGUGCUAGACCUGGACCCCGGCAUGAAGAAGGCCGUCAAGAGGGAGCUGGCUGUCCUCAACAUGCGCAUGGAGGAGAAGAACGAGGAGGACAAGAACAAGUACAAAGGCAUGUUUUGACCAGACUGCAGCAGAGGUUGGAGAAUCAGAGAGGUGAUGGGUUAAAGAAGAGUGGAGUUGGUGAAUCAGAAAAUCUCCAUGCUUCACACUCCCCUGCUUUGACUUUCACAAGGACUGUGAGACACUCCCAGGAGUGUUAAAGAAAGUGUCCAAUAAAAUUAUCCUGCUUUAUUAAAUCAAGAAAUUAUAAACCCCUCCCUUUCUGCUUGUCUUUUUCCUCCGAACUACGAGUGAAACAACCUAUUAAAUUAAGUUAUGCUAUGUUUAGCAAGGUCUAAAGAUGUACCUAAAUACGAAGAUUAUGGAUUCAAAAUAUGUG